UAAAAAUUGUAAAUAAUAAUCCAUGUGUUGUGGGAACUGUGUUGUUUUUGUCUAACACUCUCAAGUAAAACAUGUACCGAAUGGACUCUCAAGAAGAAACUUCUUCCGAAUAGACAUUGGUUUUGUGUUGGAAGUUUGAAAAACAAGCAACAUCUCUUAGUUUUUGUACAAGAUAUUAGUUGAACGGCAUAAUGAAUUUCCAUUUUAUCAUCAAGAUUGUUUGUCUUAUUGGAAUAUCUACAUUAGUUUCUAGUGAUGACUGCAAGCCAACACCUCCAGAUAUUAUUGGACCAUACUAUUUUCCGAAACCACCAAAACUACAACAAUUUUGUACCGGAGAUCCGGAAAAGGAUCGCUUGAAGACGCUUCUUGUUCAUGGUCACGUGUACAAACAGGACUGUAAAACUCCGAUUCCUCACGUGAGAAUAGAAAUCUGGCAAGCAGAUCAUGAAGGAAAUUAUAUGAUGUCCACAGAUUGCAGGGGACAUUUCAAAACAAACAAACAUGGUUACUAUGAAGUUUCUACCAUUCACCCUGGACAAUAUUCAAUCGGUGUCGAUGAAAUACGAUAUCGUCCUGCUCAUUUGCAUUUUAAAGUGUUUGGAAGACGAGGACAUAAAAGUCUCGUGACUCAGAUGUAUUUUGCUGGCGAUACUUAUCUAGGAAACAACGAUUCUUGUUAUAUCUGUUCAUCGGACCAGAAGGAUCUUAUAAUACAAACACAACAUUAUUGUCACACCAACAACGCCACUGACUGUAUUGACAUUGCCAAUUUUGACAUUGUCCUUGAGCGCGGGAAAGGAACUCUAAUAGUACAAUAAAUAUAGCUGGACAAAUCAGGAUGCUAUACGUAGGAGACACAUAUGUUUAUAUUUACAUAUUAAUUAAGGACAUUUUUAAUGUAUAUUUAUUCAUUUUGAACAUAAAUUUUUACUUCGA